AACUGUUUUGGGUAUGGCUACUGAUCCCACGUGAUAGAGGUGUGGCACCAACCUUGGGACUCAUGACUGGCUAUACAAUGUUGCGGAAUGGGGGAGUAGGGAAUGGAGGCCAACCUUGGAUGCUACGAUGGUCCAGUCGGAUUCGACUCACUUGGCUUAGCUUCACAUUAUUCAUUAUCCUGGUCUUCUUUCCUCUCAUUGCCCAUUACUACUUAACCACCAUAGAUGAUGUAGAUGAUGCUGGCAAGCGCAUCUUUGGUCCCCGCAUAGGUAACGAACUUUGUGAGGUGAAGCAUGUUGAGGAUUUAUGCCGAAUUCGAGAGUCAGUGAGUGAAGAGCUGCUCCAGUUGGAAGCUAAGCGGCAGGAAUUAAACAGUGAGAUUGCCAAGCUGAAUCUCAAGAUUGAAGCCUGCAAGAAAAGCAUUGAGAAUGCAAAGCAGGAUCUUCUGCAACUAAAGAAUGUUAUCAGUCAAACAGAGCAUUCAUAUAAAGAGUUGAUGGCUCAGAACCAGCCCAAGCUUUCACUGCCGAUUCGACUGCUACCAGACAAAGAUGACUCUAAUUUUCCCAUGCCAAAAUCCAGUAGAAACUGCCGGCUGCAUAAUUGCUUUGACUAUUCACGUUGUCCACUAACCUCUGGUUUUCCAGUUUAUGUCUACAACAGUGACCAGUUUAACUUUGGGAACUCAUUGGAUCCUUUAAUUAAGCAAGCCUUUGAAUCCACUGUCAGAACUAACAUAUAUGUUACUGAAAAUGCAAACAUUGCCUGUCUCUACAUUGUCCUAGUAGGGGAAAUGCAGGAACCUGUAAUGCCUAAACCUACUGAAUUAGAACAACAGUUGCACGCUCUGCCAUAUUGGAGGACAGAUGGACAUAACCAUCUCAUUAUUAAUUUAUCCAGGAAGUCAGAAACUCAAAACUUCCUUUAUAAUGUCAGUACUGGAAGGGCCAUGAUUGCGCAGUCUACCUUUUAUGAUGUACAGUAUCGUCCAGGUUUUGACAUUGUAGUAUCUCCUCUUGUCCAUGCCAUGUCUGAACCCAACUUCCUAGAGAUCCCACCCCAGGUGCCAGUAAAGAGAAAAUACUUAUUCAGUUUCCAAGGGGAGAAAGUUGAAUCUCUACGAUCCAGCUUACAAGAAGUACGAUCAUUUGAGGAAGAAAUGGAAGGAAAUGCACCAGCAGACUAUGAUGAUAGGAUUAUUACCACAUUAAAGGCUGUUCAAGACAGCAAAUUGGACUUUGUCUUGGUGGAAUUUACAUGUAAGAAUCAGCCAAAGGCAAGUUUGCCCACUGAGUGGGCUCUUUGUGGAGAAAGGGAAGACAGACUACAGCUACUGAAAUUAUCUACUUUUGCACUGAUAAUCACCCCGGGUGAUACCCAUCUUAUGAUCUCUGCUGGCUGUGCAAUGAGACUGUUUGAGGCUCUAGAAGUUGGUGCUAUUCCAGUCAUCCUUGGAGAGCAAGUCCAACUGCCGUAUCAUGAUGUAAUUCGCUGGAAUGAGGCGGCCUUAAUUAUACCAAAGCCACGUAUUACAGAAGUGCACUUCCUUCUGAGGAGUAUUUCUGACAAUGACCUUUUGGCCAUGAGGAGGCAGGGCCGCUUCUUAUGGGAAACCUACUUUUCCACUUCAGACAGUGUUUUUAGCACGGUCUUGGCUGUCAUAAGGACUCGAAUCCAAAUUCCAGCUGUUCCCAUUCGAGAGGAAAUGGCGGUGGAGAUCCCUCACCGUUCUGGCAAAGCUGCUGGCACAGAUCCCAAUAUGGCAGACAAUGGGGAUUUAGAUUUGGGGCCAGUAGAAACGGAACCACCUUACUCAUCUCCUAAAUAUUUACGCAAUUUUACUCUCACAGCAAUGGAUAUUUACAGAAAUUGGAACUCAGCUCCUGGUCCCUUCCACCUCUUUCCACACACACCCUUUGAUCCUGUUCUACCCUCAGAAGCCAAGUUUUUAGGGUCAGGCACUGGAUUUCGACCUAUUGGUGGUGGAGCUGGUGGCUCUGGGAAGGAGUUCCAAGCUUCAUUGGGUGGCAAUGUUCCCAGGGAGCAAUUUACAGUAGUCAUGUUAACCUAUGAGCGAGAAGAAGUCUUAAUGAACUCCUUAGAGAGACUCAAUGGUCUCCCUUACUUAAAUAAAGUUGUAGUGGUCUGGAAUUCCCCCAAACUUCCAUCAGAAGAUCUGCUUUGGCCAGACAUUGGUGUUCCAAUUGUGGUGGUACGGACUGAGAAGAACAGUUUGAAUAAUCGGUUUCUGCCCUGGGAUGAGAUUGAAACAGAAGCCAUUUUGUCCAUUGAUGAUGAUGCCCACCUUCGCCAUGAUGAGAUCAUGUUUGGAUUCCGGGUCUGGAGAGAAGCUCGGGAUCGCAUUGUAGGAUUCCCUGGGAGGUACCAUGCAUGGGACAUCCCUCACCAGUCCUGGCUCUACAACUCCAAUUACUCCUGUGAACUGUCCAUGGUGCUGACGGGUGCUGCUUUUUUCCACAAAUACUACGCCUACCUGUAUUCUUACGUGAUGCCACAGGCCAUCCGUGAUAUGGUAGAUGAAUAUAUCAACUGUGAGGAUAUUGCCAUGAACUUCCUGGUUUCUCAUAUUACUAGGAAACCACCAAUCAAGGUGACUUCCCGGUGGACUUUCCGUUGCCCUGGCUGUCCUCAGGCACUCUCUCAUGAUGACUCCCAUUUCCAUGAGCGGCACAAAUGCAUCAACUUCUUUGUCAAAGUGUACGGCUACAUGCCCUUGCUGUAUACGCAGUUCCGUGUUGAUUCGGUUCUCUUCAAGACCCGGUUACCACACGACAAGACUAAAUGUUUCAAAUUCAUCUGAACAGAAGACACAGCUAUGGAUGUCUGGAACUGGCCUAUGGCCAAGGCAGAAAGGUUAAUGAACUGGGGGACAGAUGGCCCUUUUCUGUUUCAACUGGGACACAAGCCUGCCAGAACUGUAUGGCACAGGACUCCAUUGAAAGAGACAGCUUUGACUCACUUAUUCA